AUGGAGAAUGCUGAAAGGCAUAUAAAAUUAUCAAAAGAACAUUACUGUUCUGUUGCUUUAAUCGUUGGUGAUCCAGGGAGAGUUGAUAAAAUAAAAUUGUUAUGUGACUCUUACGUAGAUUUGUAUUAUAAUAGAGAAUAUAAAAGUGCUGAAUGCCACUAUAAAGGCCAGAAGUUUUUAUGUGUAAGCCAUGGUAUUGGUUCUGCUGGUUGUGCAAUAUGUGUAGAAGAAUUAAUUAAUAUUGGAGUUAAAAUAAUAAUUAGAGCAGGAUCAUGUGGAACUCUUCAGCCAAAAGAAAUGAAUAGAGGGGACAUUUUUAUUGCUCAUUCAGCCGUUAGAGAGGAUAGACUUUCCCAUUUGUUGGUAAAUUCAGAUUUUCCUGCUGUUGCUGAUUUUGAAGUUUAUGAUACAUUAUUAAAAAGUGCACAUGAACUAAAUGAAUCUGUUUUUACAGGAAUGUGCUUAACUUCAGAUUUAUACUAUAAGCAUCAAGUAAUACCAAAUCAAUUCGCAUUAUAUGAAAAGGCUCAUGUAGGCAUUAAUGAUAUGGAAAUGGCAACCGUUAUGGUUAUUGGAAGUUUAAGAAAAGUAAAAGUUGGAGGAAUCUUCAUUAUUGAUGGUGCUCCACUUCAAUGGAAUGAAGGAAAUUUUGAGGUAGAAUUAAACCCAGAAAAAUUAAAGAAAAUGAUUUUAAUUUCUAUAGAAGCCUGCGCACGUUUGGCUGCAAAAUAUAAUUGA